UACUAUCUGCCUAUACUUAUACAUACCCACUCACUUGCAGACCACACUUGAGAAGAACUUGUUUCUGGUUCAUUCUCUCUAUUUUGAGCAAUGGCGAAGAAACUAUGCCUAGUUAUAUUGUGUCUAGUUCAAAUGUUGCUACUUCCUGUUGAAAACCAUGCUGAGAUUGUUGUGACUCCCAUUGAAGCUCCAUCUCCGCAGCCUGCCAACAAUACAGCUCAGUUUCCCAAUCAUGGCAUCACAGAAGGAAGUCUUCAACCGCAAGAAUGUGGGCCACGCUGCGCAAAUAGAUGCUCAAAUACACAAUACAAGAAACCGUGCUUGUUCUUCUGCAAUAAGUGCUGUGCCAAGUGCUUGUGUGUGCCUCCUGGUCUUUAUGGCAACAAGCAGGUCUGCCCUUGCUACAACAACUGGAAAACCAAAAGGGGAGGACCCAAAUGUCCCUAAAUUUUUUAAUUAUUUUAACAUCUCUUAAAUUAAAUGCCUUGCAACCACUGGAUGAUGUACAAGCACUAUGUAUCUAAGAGGUUGAAAGUACCUUUAUUUAAUUAUGUUUGUCUUUGUGUACUUACAUAUUUUGCCUUAAGAAAUGUUAUUUCGGACUUGGAAAAACAUACCCAAAAUGGUGUUGUAGAUUGGGGAGAGUGCAUUGGUGUGAUCAUAAAGUACAUUAUCACUCAUGAGUGGGAGUGAUGUCUAUACUAAAAUUAAAAUGUACAUUAUCACUUUUUCCAUUCCGAGUUAUAUACUAUUGUUUAGUUUCUGGAA